AUGCAAUUGCGCCAUUUGACUUCACUACUCCAGGCUACGGAGGGCAUGUGCAAAGUCACUGCCAUUGCCUACUCUCCAAAUAAUCGCAGAUUGGCCGUAGUAACAGUGGAUCGUGUUGUGCACCUAUUCGAUGGGCAAACUGGAGAGCGCAAGGACAAAUUCUCGACAAAACCGGCGGAUAAAGGUGAUAAGCAUUAUAUUGUGCGCGCACUUGAGUUUUCGCCAGAUUCGUGUAAACUCGCGGUAGCUCAGAGCGACAAUAUCAUCUUUGUUUACAAGAUUGGUUUAGAGUUUGGGGACAAGAAGAGCAUUUGUAACAAAUUUCCACAGACAAGUUCUGUGACGUCACUGACAUGGCCAAGUACGCACCCAAAUGAGAUUGUUUUUGGUCUUGCAGACGGCAAAGUGAAGAUUGGCCACUUGCGUAGCAACAAACCAGCUACGCUAUACGCAACAGGAUCCUACGUGUCUCAAGUGUGCAGCAAUCCAGAUGGUACUGCUAUACUUUCAGCACAUUAUGAUGGAGCUAUUUACCGUUUCAUCUUCGACGAUGUGACUGGUGGUCCUACGCACGCAAAACUGGUGGUGCACUCGUGUAUACCGUACGCGCUCUCAUGGGGUGACAGCAUUGUUGCCGCGGGAAAUGAUCGUCGAGUUUCAUUCUAUGAUAAAGAUGGCGCCCAAUUGCGCACGUUCGAUUACUCGAGCGAUGACAAAUGCGGAGAGUUCACAUGCAGUGUGUUCAAUCCGACGGGUGAGUCUGCUGUUGUUGGUAAUUUUAAUUCGUUUUACACGUUUCAUUAUAAGCAUAAAACCGAGUCGUGGGAGCUCGUAGGUGCAAAAAGGAUACCGAAUCUAUAUUCGGUCACAGCACUUGCCUGGAAACCUGAUGGUAGUCGUCUGGCCGUUGGGUCAGUUUGUGGAGCUCUGGAUCUGUACGAUGCUUGUGUUCGGCGCUACCGUUAUAAAGGCAAGUUCGAGUUUACAUACGUGUCGCUAAGUCAAGUGAUUGUUAAACGGCUCGCGACUGGAGCCAGAGUUAUUGUGCGUUCUGCUUUUGGUUGUGAAAUUACCAAGAUAAAUGUCUUUCAAGAUCGCUAUCUCGUCGGCAAUACAACCAAUACACUCUUGGCGGUCGAUCUUGACACUGCUCACAUCAGUGAGGUUCAAUGGCAGUCCACUGGUGCUGAGAAGUACAUGUUCGAUAACGAAAGUGUUUGCAUCGUUUACCAAGCAGGGGAGCUGUCCCUGAUCGAGUAUGGUCAAAACGAGCUCUUAGGCUCCGUGAGAACGGAGCAUCUGAAUACGCACCUACUCAGUGUGCGCAUUAAUGAGCGACCUGUACGUGUUAUGACACCAGAUAAUGGUGACGCAGGGCCACCCCAAGAGAACAAAAAGAUUGCUUAUCUUUUAGAUUUGCAGACGAUCUGUAUCACAGAUCUCCACACCCAUAGUGCCUCCACAGUUAAUCAUGAUUCCCGUGUCGAUUGGAUGGAGCUCAACUCGCGUGGAAACUUGCUUUUAUUUCGUGAUAAACGCCGACAACUCCAUCUCUUUGAUCUCGAAACGCAGAAGCGCAGUACGCUGCUAAAUUACUGCAACUAUGUUCAGUGGGUACCUGAUUCGGACGUCGUCGUAGCACAAAACCGUAAUAACCUUUCUGUUUGGUACAACAUCCGUUCGCCGGACAAAGCCACAAUUUACCAAAUUAAAGGAGAUGUCGAGCAAAUCGAGCGUGGAAACGGACGUACCGAAGUAAUUGUCGACGAAGGAAUGAACACGGCUUCAUAUCAACUAGACGAGUCAUUGAUAUCCUUUGGUGCUGCUGUCGAUGAUAGACAGUUAGUCAAGGCCAUGUCGAUUCUUGAGCCACUUGAACUUACUCCUGAGGUUGAAGCCAUGUGGAGUCAAUUGAGCCAAGAAGCGUUGGCAUAUAAUGAUCAUCGAAUUGCCGAACGCUGUGCCGCAGCGUUAGGAGACGUCGCGCGUUCGAGGUAUUUACGGAAGCUCAAUAAAUUGGACUGGCAGGAACUAGACCGCCUCAACGGACUUGCUCACUGGAAAGUUCGUGCGCGACUUGCUGUACUCAAGAACGACUAUCGCAGUGCGGAGCAUUUGCUUUUAGCGCAGGGUCAAGUUGACGAGGCGAUUGAAAUGUACCAACACUUGCACAAAUGGGAAGAUGCCAUUCGAGUUGCGGAGGUCAAGAACCACGCUGGAUGCGACCAGAUGAAACGAAGCUACUAUGAUUACCUGGUGGAAUCACGGCAGGAAGAAAAAGCUGCUGCCGUAAAAGUCAAAGACGGCGACUAUGCGAGUGCCGUGAGUCUAUAUUUGAAAGGUGGGCUACCAGCUAAAGCAGCUCAGCUUUUAAAUCAAAGAAAUCUUGGUCGUGACCACAAGCAACUCAUGGAGACGGUUGCCGACGCAUUAUACUCGGCUGGUAUGUUCGAGAAGGCUGGUGACCAAUUUGAGCGAAUGGAGCAAGAAAGCCGCGCUCUUGCUGCAUACAUUAAAGCAAAUGCUUUUCGGAAAGCGGUCGAGUUAUCGCGAAAACAUUUUCCAGACAAGGUUUUACGUCUAGAGGAGGCUUGGGGUGACUACCUUGUCUCCCAGAAGCAAAUGGACAUGGCAAUUAAUCAUUAUAUUGAAGGCAACGUGCCGACCAAAGCAGUAGAGGCGGCACUUAACUCCAGGCAGUGGGCCAAAGCAAGUCAACUAGUCGAAACACUGGAGGAUGAUGUUUCUUUACCAUACUUCCGUCGACUUGCACGCCACUACCAGGAAGCCGGCAAUUUGGAACAGGCUGAGCGAUGCUUUAUUAAAGCUGAUGCUGCUCGAGAUGCAGUUGAGAUGUAUACGCGAGCCAACAAGUGGGAUGCUGCAUACCAAGUUGCCUUAAAUCACUUGGACAAAUAUGAGACCGAGCGUUUGUACGUCGAGCAAGCGCACCGCAUGGAGCGUGCCGGCAAGCUCAAAGAGGCAGAAAAACUUUUUCUGACAGUCAAUGAGCCCGACCUUGCCAUUAAUAUGUAUAAGAACCACAAGAACUAUGAGCAGAUGAUUCGACUCGUGACGAAGUACCGCAAAGAUCUGCUCAAGGACACGCACAUGUACCUUGCCCAACAGCUCGAACACGAGGGGAACUACAAGGAAGCUGAACAUCACUUUGCGGAAGCAGGUGAAUGGCAGUCAGCCGUCAACAUGUUUCGCUCAAACGACAUGUGGGACGAAGCUAUUCGUGUCGCCAAGUUCCACGGCGGUAUUAACGCGUCAAAGCGUGUGGCUUAUGCUUGGGCAAUGGAGUUAGGUGGUGAGCAAGGGGGAAAGCUUCUCACUCGCCUUGGGCUCAUUGAACCUGCUAUUGAUUACGCUGUUGAAAGCGGUGCAUUUGAACAUGCCUUCGAGCUGGCACGCAACUGCGCGUCCAAAAAAUUGCCGGAGGUGCAUUUAAAGCACGCGCUAUUUCUUGAAGACGAGGAACGCUUCAAAGAAGCUGAAGAGGAGUUUAUCAAAGCGGGAAAACCCCGUGAAGCUCUGGACAUGUAUGUACAUCAGCAGGAUUGGCAGAAUGCCAUGCGCGUCGCGGAGACUGCAGACCCGGCCUCCGUUGCUGAUGUGUUUCUUGCGCAAGCGCGACUUUGGGUUGAGCGUAAGGAAUACCAACGGGCAGAAGGUUUCUUUCUUAGCGCUGGUAAGCCCGAAAUGGCUCUAGCUGCAUAUUUAGAGGCUGCAAUGUGGGUCGACGCUGUGCAAAUAGCAAAGCGCCAUUUACCUCAUAAGCUGAUGGAGGUAAACAUGGCCCAUCAGCGAGCCAUCUUUUCAGGUGGACCCAAGAAAAAAGAAGAGCUGAUUGAGGCGUGUGAGAUGUGGGUUGCGUCGCAGCAGUAUGUACAGGCAAUUGAUGCGUAUUUGUCAAUUACUAUUAACCAAUUAAGCGAUCUUGGGGAGCUUGAAGAAGUAUGGACAAAAGCUAUUGAGCUUUGUGCUAAGCAUGACCCAAGCCGCUACAAGUCGAUUGUAGAAGAAGUGGCGUCACGACUUCUGGGUAUGUCGUGUUUCGAUGCCGCUGCUCGACACUACCAGUCAAUCGACAUGAUGAAUGAGGCGCUCGAUUGUUUCCUUCGCGUCAAUAACUGGCCUGCCGCGCAAAAGCUGUGUGAACAGCUUGCUCCCGAGCUGCUACCUCGCCUUGAACGAGCGCAACAGGCCAGUGCAUUCGGGUCAGCUACUCAUCACUCUGCUGAAGCAAAGAUGACUGGAAGUUCGUACACUCCUUCAGCCGACAUCAAGGUGCAAGAUAUUCCAGAAAAGAAGGAAUCAAAGCAUAAUAUAGAAAGUGAUGGCGCUGGACGCGGUUCCAGUGCUCUCGAGGCGUGGAUGCAGCGUGGAGAAUGGGACAAAGUUUUGUCUUCGGCAGCCAAGCACAGUCGUGAAUCACUUGCUAAAUACCUGGUACUACGAUGCUCGCGACUGUGCGAGCACAACGAGACAGCUACUGCAAUCAGGACGAUAUCAGACUAUGGCAUCCCACUCGAAUCGGACUCGCUAGACAUGGUGGAAAAUCUUGUCCAGAAGGUGCUAGCAUCUGAUCACACAAUUGAAGCGAAUACAGAUCACCAGACAGCGCUGCAGGAGCUGAUUAAAUGUCUGCGUAAGCUGGUGAAGGACCUUCGGACUAACGGGAAAGAAUUUUUGAAGUCAAGAGUACAAAAGAUUGAGCAGUGGCUGCUAGUGACACACUAUUUUGUAUUGAAACAUCAAGCAGCGAAUGCUGAAUUGGAUGACGUUGUUGCCAAGAUCAGUAUGUCACUGCUUCGAUUUGUAGACGUCCUUCCUGCCGACAAGAUGUUCUACCUUGCUGGUGUUGCUACCAGAAAGAAGAAAUGGCUAAGUGCUGCCUUUGUCUAUUUUAACCGCUAUCUUGACUUGUGCGAGGCUAUUGACGACGGCGACGCUAGCAACCUGGACAACACUGACUUCAUUGGAACAGACAUUCCUUCACCGCUUGAUUUUGCGUUACCUGAGGUGCAUUAUCUUGCUGACGAAAGCGCCCGCGAAGAAAUUCGCGACUGGGUGUUGACAAUUUCCAUGGACCAACAGGUGGCUGAGAAGCUACCGGAACGCGCAUGUUUGAAUUGCAAAGCCAGCAUUUACGAGGCAUCGCUUCAGUGUUCAGAGUGCAAGGCGACAUCUGAGUCAUGCAUUAUCACGGGUUUUCCUGUAGCUGCUAAGAUGAUUGUCCACUGUGCUACUUGCAAGGUCGUUGCCGAUCGAGAGAUGUGGAACAAGUGGAUUAAGCAAUUUGGUAACUGUCCGUGGUGCUCAGCUCCACAAAAAAUGAGCUAUUGA